ACCCCUCCUCCCCUUCACCCAGCCCGGGGCCGGGAACGAACGAGCGCGCCGGCGUGAGCGGCGGCUGGCGAGGGCUGCGGGGUAAGGGGAAUCGCCGCCGCGAUGCCGGAGUUCCUGGAAGACCCCUCGGUCCUGACGAAAGAGAAGUUGAAGAGUGAGUUGGUGGCCAACAAUGUGACGCUGCCGGCCGGGGAGCAGCGCAAAGACGUGUACGUGCAGCUCUACCUGCAGCACCUCACGGCGCGCAACCGGCCGCCGCACGCCGCCAACAGCAAGGGGCCCCCGGACUUCUCCAGCGACGAGGAACGCGAGCCCACCCCGGUGCUGGGCUCCGGGGCCGCCGUGGGCCGCAGCCGCGCCGCCGCCGGCAGGAAAGCCACAAAGAAAACUGAUAAACCCCGACUAGAAGAUAAAGAUGAUCUGGAUGUGACAGAACUCACUAAUGAAGAUCUUCUGGAUCAGCUUGUGAAAUAUGGAGUGAAUCCUGGUCCUAUUGUGGGAACAACCAGAAAACUGUAUGAGAAAAAGCUGUUGAAAUUAAGGGAGCAAGGAACAGAAUCAAGAUCAUCCACUCCUCUCCCAGCAAUUUCAUCUUCAGCAGAAAAUACGAGGCAGAAUGGAAGUAAUGACUCAGACAGAUACAGUGACAAUGAUGAAGGAAAGAAGAAAGAACACAAGAAAGCGAAGUCCACUAGGGAUUUUGUUCCUUUUUCUGAACAUCCAACUACUCCCUGUGGUGGAUUUUUUCAGGGUAUUUCUUUUCCUGAAAUCUCCACCCGUCCUCCUCUGGGCAGGACUGAACUACAGGCAGCUAAGAAAAUACACACUUCUAAGGGAGACCCACCUAGGGAUCAUUUUAUGGCCACAGCCUUGCCUGGCAGGGACCAUUUACAGAAUUUAGCUUCAGAAGGGAAUUUGUGUGUUUCCUCCAGGUCUAGCCGUGAUAGAGGUUUAGAGAAAAGUUCUUCAGCAUCUCAGCAUGAACUCGCUGCUAGGUUGGUAUCUGCUACAGCCUCUCCUUCAGUGAUUAAAGAAACCACCACUUCUUGUUAUAAAGACAUAGUAGAACAUAUUUUUCAUGGAGAGAAAAGGGGAGUUCAGCCAUUAUGUACUGAGACAUCCCAUGUUUCAGAAUCUGAGCGAUCUCAAGUAGUUUCUCCACCGCUUGCUCAGGCGAUUAGAGAUUAUGUUAAUUCUCUGUUGGUCCAGGGUGGGAUUGGGAGUUUGCCUGGGACUUCUAACUCUGACCCCCCACUGGAUUUAGAAACCACACGUAAGAGAAUUAAUCUAUCUCAUUUUCAAGAAACUGAAUCUCUGUCUUCGCCAAAAAAAUUUCCAAGACUUAGUGAGAAGUCAGUAGAGGAACAGAAUUCAGGUUCCUUUAUGAGAUUUCCAGAUAUAUCCAGAUCUGAAUUGAUGUCUCCCUUUGCCAAAGCUGUGGUCUCUCACUCACUUGCCACCCUAGGCAUAGAAAUGUCUAAGCAAUCACAGCAUGAUAAUGUAGAUGAGCCAGAGCCAUCUUUUCCCUUCCACAAAUCUAUUUUAAAAGUAAUUGAAGAAGAGUGGCAUCAGAUUGAUAAGCAGCUGCCUUCACUGGCAUGCAAGUAUCCAGUUUCUUCCACCGAGGCACCACGAAUACUCUCAGUUCCAAAAGUAGAUGAUGAAGUCCUGGGGCUAAUUUCUGAAGCUACUGCAUCAUCUAGUAUUCAGGCAGCUUCCACUGACUCUUGUGAUAAACAGUUGGACUUAGCACUUGGGAGAGCAUAUGAAGCGGCAGCAGCAUCAUUACAAGUUGCAACCCAUACUGCCUUUGUAGUUCGAGCUAUGCAGGCAGACAUUAGUCAGGCUGUACAGAUUCUGAGUUCUGAACCUAGUAAUGUGUAUCAGGCACAAGAGAUUCUGAGGAGAACGUAUGAUGCAGCCUCAUUUCUUUGUGAAGCUGCAUUUGAUGAAGUAAAGAUGGCUGCCCGUACCAUGGGAUCUUCUACUGUAGGUCGUAGGUAUCUCUGGCUGAAGGAUUGCAAAAUUAGUCCAGCUUCUAAGAAUAAGCUGACUUCUUCUCCCUUUAAGGGUGGAACUUUAUUUGGCGGAGAAGUAUCUAAAGUGAUUAAAAGACGUGGGAAAAAAUACUAAAGAAUAGUGACAUUAUGGGGAAUUUCUCUAAGAAUUUUACUAAUUUCUGUGCCCUAAUCUCUUUAGUCACCUGAUUGGGCUACUUUCAGAGCUUUAAGCUUUUACCCAUCAAUUUAUAUUGUAAAAAGUAAUUCCCUGCAUAGAAACUUGUUUUGGGGGCCACAUCUGGCAGUGCUCAGGGGACCAUCCAGAGCUAGGGAUCAAAUCUAAGUCUCCUGCACAGAAAGCUUGCACUUCAACACUUUGAAUUGGUAGCCCAGCUUAUCUUUUUUAAAGUUGUAUAGAGUCAGAAACAAUUUGAAACUUGUAGAUUUUUUUUUAAGUGAGGGUAGGUAGGUUUUAUUUUAAAAUAGGAGAAAAGGGGGAAAUGUAUUCAAGAGAGAACACAGGCAACAGAGAAACAGAAGAGGCAAGCAAGAUGGGUUUGAGGGAGAAUAGAUCACAUUUCUUUGAAAUAGUUGACUCUGCUAUUUAUGCUUUUAUAUCUACUCAAAAUAAGAACAUUCUAUCAACUUAAGAAUGAAUAGAUUUCACUAUUUAAUGGUACUAUCACUUUCUAGAAGUUGUCCGCAUUUCUUAAUUUUUCAGUUUUGUUUCUAGUUAUGCCUGCAAUACGAUUCAUAAUAUUAUAGAUAAGUAUCACUAACCAUACUAGUCACAGAUUGAUAAUAGUUAUUUGGCAAGAUAAGCACAUUAAAAUUUCAAAUACACAUAGAGUUUUUUGAUUAAUUACAGGGGGCUUUUUUUUUGUAAUAAAAUUAUAUUGAUAGAGAAAACUACUUAUUUGCAUUCUGGUGCAGGGGCUUUAUUUCUUCAUGAACUAGUAACAAAUAGUUCAUUAACUGCACUUUAAUAUUCUAGGAUUGUGCAUUCUUACCAUCAUUAGUUCAUCAGGUAAACUGAACACUAAAAGCAGUCUAGCAUUUUUUGUUGUUUAGUAUUUUCAAAGUAUAUUGUAGUUCAUGGAUGAGUAUGCUAAGCUUAACAAUCCUAAGCUUUUAACGUGAAUUUUAGUUGCUAUUUUUUUUUUAGAAGUCAUUAAAAAACCAUACUUUUAUUAUCAUGUCUAUGUCAGUAUAAAAGCAGUAUGUUAACCUGUUUCUAUGGAUGUAAGACCAGAGAGUCUAAUUAUAGAGGAAUUUGCUAAAUCAAAUUACUUUUUGUUUUUAUGGGCAGUUGGUACUAUUAAGUAUAAGCAAAACAGUGGUACUUCUAGCCACCAUUACUAUACACUCUGUGUUUCUCUUCAGCUUUCUGGGAGCAAUUUUAAUUUGUUAUAUGUCUUCCGAAUUGUACAUGUAUACAUGUACCUACUAAGUGCUAUGUUUUUUUAAAUGUAUUUCUGUAGAAUGCUUCUGCAAAUUCAAUAAAGUUGUGAAAUUUGAA